AUGUGCAGAUAUGUGAUUUCAUUUCUUAAGGACCAUGGGAAAGAGGUAUAUGUUGAUGUUAGAGCUGCUUAUAUUGAUACCAUGAAUAAGGUUUUAAGUACAAAAAUACGAGCUUAUAUUCAGGCCCUGGAGAAGUUGCAACUAGAUAUAGCAACAUCUAGUGAUUUGAUUGGUGUCGACACCAGAAGUACUAGUCUUUUCCUGAGGGGAAGAGAACCACUAAAAAACCGGUCUUCUGUUUUUGCUUUAGGGGAAAGGAUAAAUAUUCUCAAGGAAAUUGAGGAAUCUGCAUUGAUACCACAUAUAGCUGAAGCCAACUCUAAAAAGUAUCCUUAUGAAGUCCUUUUCAGGAGCCUGCACAAGCUGCUAAUGGACACUGCUGCUUCUGAAUAUCUUUUCUGUGACGAAUUCUUUGGAGAACAGUCCAUGUUUUAUGACAUAUUUGCAGGUCCCUUCUCAGUAAUUGAUGAACACGUUAAUACUAUUCUUCCGAAUUGUUAUGAUGCAAUAGGCCUGAUGCUCAUGAUUCGCAUAAUAUAUCAGCACCAGCUUGUAAUGUCUCGGCGACGCAUACCGUGUUUAGAUUCUUACUUGGACAAGGGACUUGAGCAAGAGCUUCAAGAUUGUAAAACUGAUGAUGUAGUUUCCAUGAUACUGUCUAAAGGUACGAAAUUGCGGGACUACACCAGGGAUGUUGAGAACAAUUUAAGGCAAAUUGAACUCGACUCUAUCGAGGAUUAUAUCAAAGAAAGUGACAAUCUAGUAUCACUUCACGAUCAAAUUCAUGAUUGUGACACUAUUCUGUCGCAAAUGGAGAAGGUUCUCAGUGGAUUUCAGGUCGAGAUAGGUUCAAUAAGUUCAGAUAUAAAGAUUCUUCAAGAAAAGUCUUUGGAUAUGGGGCUCAAGCUGAAGAAUCGCAAGGUGAAUGAGGAGUACUUGAGGUCCCUGGAGAUUCUUAGUAAAAAAUUGAAAUUUGUUGAAGCUGAUGCCAUGGUUAAAACAUCCAAAGCACUCAGUGAUGUUCAGCCUGAACUAGAAAAGCUUCGUCAAAAAGCAGUUUUUAAGACAAAAAGGAACACAAAGGAGAGCAACAAAACGCUGUUCUCCAAGUUCUCCAUCGCCAGCCAGUCGAUUCCAGUAACACUUCCCACUUUCAAAAGAGAAAGAAUAGAUGACAGUCACUCCAUUUUAGAUUGA